CUGACCCCUGCCCUGCUGCCGUCAUCCGUCCCUGACAAUCCUCACGUUUUCUCGCUGUGACCUCAGACUGUCGUUAACCGAUGCACGCCUCCUAGCAUUAGCUUGAAUGAAAACUGAAGGGAGCUAACCACAAAUAAACUGCCCGUCGGUGUUAGUCUGUCUUCUAGCGACUUGCUCGCAGCACACAUACCUUUAACAACCCGGCAGAGACGAGCGGGCUAGCAGGAGACAUGGCCGGAAUCGAGGAGCUUUCCCCCUCUGCGGGCCCGGUGGCCACUCGGCCCCCCGAGGACGAGAUUGACGACGACGAAGAUGAAGAUCUGGAUGAGACAUUGAUGGAGAGGUUGUGGGGCCUGACAGAGAUGUUUCCUGACACAGUUCGCAGCGCUGCUGAGGUGUCUGCACAGUGCUCCGUCUCAAUGGCCAAGAAGUUUUACAGUUUUUCUCGCUCUGCGCUGUGGGUGGGUACUACCUCCUUCAUGAUCCUGGUGCUGCCUGUUGUGUUCGAGACAGAAAGACUACAGCUGGAGCAGCAGCAGCUACAGCAGCAGAGACAGAUCCUGUUGGGGCCCAACACUGGAAUGUCUGGCGGGAUGCCGGGCAUGAUGCCUCCUGCACCAGGCAAGAUGUGAGACACAAGGAAGGGCCAACGUGAACCUGAGAGCGGCUGCUGCCAGUGUAGCGCGGCCGGUUGCGAGGAGAGACAGCGAGACCGUGGAGAGAGGCUGCAGUUGAAAUAAAAAGAAGCAAAGCUGUGUCAGAGGCGCAACAUUAGGAGCACUCCAACAUGUUGGAUUGUCUAAUGGGAUUGGAGGAGAAGGAGAAUGUGAUGCAUUUCUAACACUUCUUUCUCACUGUCUCUCCUUACUCCAACAUCAUGCAGAGACUUACUUCCAGGAGCACUGCUUCCAUUUUGUCCUCUUUUUUAAAAAAAAAAUAAAUAAAUACUUAUAUCAACAUGAAUAAUGUGUUCUCUAGGGGUUAGCAGGUACAGGUGGAUGAACUGAAAGAAAAAAAAAUCGGAGGUUAUCAAUUGUAUGUCUUGGUGUUUGCAGUCUGAAGAAUGUUGUGAUGCUUGCUGGUGCCACUUUGAUGUGGAGAAUUUUGUUGAUAAAUUACCUGACAAACGGGUCCGAUGCAUUGUAGAACGUGCUGUAGACAAUAAUUACUGCUAAGAAUGUGGACUACAGAAUGACUGUAGACUCAUUUCACUGGUGUACUAUGGAUGUAGGGAAUGUCAUAGUGCAAUGCCUCUCCCAUCAAACAUGCCACAGUUUUUGGUUUUAUUAUAUUUCUGUAGUUUUAAACAGUGGAUUGUAAUAUACAGCAAUGCCAGAUCCAAUGCUGUCCAGUCACUGCUGUGUCCUUUUCCAUUAAAAAUAAGUGUAACACAACUUUUGUUUUUUCAGGACGGGAAACAUGUCAUGCAUGUUUGGAAUAUUGUGGUCAUGGUGGCUGAUGAAGUUUUGAAUAUUGCAGUUACACGUCCUGUCUUAAGAGAACUUUCACUCUCUGUUGUCAUCCAUGUGACAAUUUACAAUCUCUUGCCUCUAUUCAGUAAGCAAACCCAUGUCUCUGUUUUGUGUUCAACAUGACUGCAGUAAUUAAAAGCACCAAAUGAA